AUGACCGUAAUUCGAAAAGUAGCCAUUAUUGGCGGAGGACCAGCCGGUCUUAUAGCGGCAAAUGAUUUAACUCGACAAAGAGACCAAAAUUGGGAAAUUGUUGGUUUUGAAGCGAGGCAAAGCCUGGGCGGUGUUUGGAGCGAUAAUCCAGGUACACACAUGGAAGCAGAACAGGUAUUCCCACAAUUAGGGAGUUUAGACAACCUCGAGGGACCCUUGACACCUAGCCAAAUUUUUCAGUAUGAUUCUCCCCUGGUUGUUAACGGUAGGAUCGCCAAUUUGCGUCCUUUAUUGACAACGAGUGAGAAGAAACCAAUGCAACUAACUCGCCGUUCUCGGCUUCGCGACGGAGUGAUUAUGUCUAAAAAAAGCGGGCUUUAUGAUGACUUCAUGACUAAUGCUCCUGGGCAGCUUAUGAAGCUAAAUCAGAAAAGCAACUUGAAGGAGAAGAAGAUGGCGCCACAAACGUCUAUGGCGCCACUGGUGGAUUUAGCACAAGUUAAAGAACAAUUCCAGCAGUUUGAAAAACACUCUCAAAGCGCAGGGUGUUUUCGGCUCAAUACAUGCGUGGAAUACCUUGACAAGCUUUCGCCCAGUAAAUGGAUUAUUGUGGCUAAGAGGUCGCUGCCGGGUGCUGAGCACGAGGAGUGGUACAGCGAAACUUUUGAUGCAGUUGUGGUUGCAAAUGGCCACUUUAUGUGCCCCUACGUGCCUUUUUACAUGACAGCUGGCGAUUCUAAUGUGCACGAAUUUAACAAAAACUUUCCGAACACCUUGGUGCACGUCAGAGACUUGGAUCACUGGUACAGGAAAUCUUUACCAGCCUUAAAGCAAGAUCUUGAGAAAGCCAAGCGCAAAGUGGUGAUAGUUGGCAAGAGUUUUAGUGCAAUGGAUGUGUUGAAGCGAUUAGUCCCACUCCACAAUGCGAAUUCCAACCUAGAGAUCAUAAUAUCGACCAACACCCCUCCGUUCCCUGAAAACUCGGCCAAUCCCUUUUGUUGGUUCGACAAAUGGUUGACCGAAACCAAUAAAGUCACCUUGAAAGGCCGUAUUGCAAAAUUUGGUCAGAGAGGCGAGAAACCGAUCCUACAAUUUAAGGAUGGAUCUGUGGUCGAAGAUGUGUCCGCAGUUAUAUUUGCAACAGGUUAUCUCUACACAUUCCCUUUCAUCUCUCGCUCGCUUUUAGAGAGCUAUCGGAUUUUAGUGUCGCCCAACCCAAACGAUCCCAGUGGCUCAUCGUCGAACGCCUCUCGCGUUAGUGGCCUGUAUCUACAUACGUUCUCAAUUGCCGACCCCACCUUGGCGUUCGUCGGCAUUUCCAGCAACGCCAACUUUCAAUCGUUUAGUAUCUCCUCACAGGCCAUUGCGGGAGUGUGGUCAAAGUUCAACAGGCUCUUUGACCAACUGCAACCUCAAGACAGCCCCAUCUACGACUCUAUUUGGUCCCAGGUACUCCCUUGUGUACAAGAACAACUGAGCUGGGCGAAAGAAAGAUUAUCGCAGACAGGUAAUAAUGGUGCAUAUCAUUUUUAUUAUCCGCUCCAACUGCUCGAAAGCCAUUGGCUUCGAUACUGCAAACCGUUGUUUCCAACUGAGGAUAAAGAAGGUGGUCUUUUCCCAGCAAACUCCGCGGAACUGUCCCAGAAAGGUCUACGGAGAUUGCAGGAGUUGUUUUAUCAAGCAGUCGAUCCUAGAUGA